UGCACAGCCAAUGGAAAACACUCAUAUCCAGAUACAGUUGGUGUGCUGGUGGGUCCAUGUUUCUGUAUUUAAGGCAGAUACAGACUGUUGCUGGUUCCUUUUUCUCUUCAGAAGUAGCACAAACUCUCCACAGAGUCAUGGCAACUGCAGGACAGGUGAUCAAGUGCAAGGCCGCCAUUGCCUGGGAGCCCAGCAAGCCGCUGGUGAUUGAAGAGAUCGAGGUGGCCCCCCCGCAGACACAUGAAAUCCGUAUCAAGAUUGUUGCAACUGGAGUGUGCCACACGGACUUGUACCACCUGUUUGAGGGGAAUAAUAAAGAGGGAUUCCCUGCAGUGUUGGGACACGAAGGUGCCGGGAUUGUGGAGAGUGUCGGGCCUGGAGUCACUAAAUUCAAACCAGGGGAUAAGGUCAUCCCACUCUUUAUUUCUCAGUGUGGGGAAUGUAGGUUCUGCAAGAGCCCAAAGACCAAUCUGUGUGAAAGAAGCUGGUCAAACGAGCGGUAUGAUGUCAUGUCAGAUAACGAUUCUCGCUUCACAUGCCGAGGGAAGAAAGUGCUGCAGUUUAUGGGCACCAGCACGUUUUCUGAGUACACGGUGCUCAAUGAGAUCGCUGUGGCCAAGAUCCAUGACUGUGCCCCCUUGGACAAGGUGUGCCUGCUGGGCUGUGGAAUCCCCACAGGAUAUGGAGCUGCAGUCAACACAGCUAAGGUGGAGCCUGGUUCCACGUGUGCUGUGUUUGGGCUGGGAGCUGUGGGGCUGGCUGCAGUCAUGGGCUGCAAAGCCGCUGGAGCAGCCCGGAUCAUUGCUGUGGACAUCAACAAAGACAAAUUUGAGAAGGCAAAGGUGUUUGGGGCCACUGAUUUUGUGAAUCCGAAGGAGCACAGCAAACCCAUUAGCCAAGUUCUCGCCGAGAUGACCAAUGGGGGUGUGGACUUCUCCCUAGAGUGUGUUGGCAAUGUAGAAGUCAUGAGAAGUGCCCUGGAAUCCUGUGUGAAAGGCUGGGGAGUCAGUGUCUUGGUAGGAUGGACUGAUAUGCAUGACUUCUCAGCAAGGCCCAUCCAACUCAUAGCUGGGCGUACUUGGAAGGGUACCCUGUUUGGAGGCUUUAAGAGUAAGGAUGGUGUGCCCAAGCUAGUCAACGAGUAUCUGGCCAGGAAACUGAAGCUGGAUGAGUUUGUGACACACACCAUGACGCUUGACCGUGUCAAUGAUGCCAUAGAGCUCAUGAAACAUGGAAAAUGCAUUCGAACGGUACUGAAUGUGUCUCAACAGUAAGAAGAAAGAAGCAGCAUCUUACAGGAUAUAUCACAUAUAUAUAUACACACACACACACACACCUAUUCUAGUCAUAUCUAGUCUUCUUUUGAGAUAACAGUUCACAAUACACUUCUGCUCUACUGACUAUCAUUCCUAUCCCCUGAAUUUCUAGAUUGCAUGAAAUGUACAGUGUGUGUGUGUGUGUGUGUAUAUAUAUAUAUAUAUAUAUAUAUACAUACAUACAUACACACACACAAUAUAUAUAUAUAUAUAUAUAUAUAUAUAUAUAUAUAUAUAUAUAUAUAUAUAUAUAUAAAUUGCAAUUAUAUUGAAUUCAUAAUAAAACACGUAUUAUUGUAAGGUAGUAGUUUAUAUAGAAGCAUUAAUUGACCAUUUAAAAAUAUUUUGUUUGCCUUCCAGUUUUGGUUUGUAUCUGUGUAUGGCUGGAUGGACAGAUGGAGAAUUUCAAUUAUUCUUGUUACGUGCUUUUAUUUUAUGCAAUGACUUUGAAUGACCUCUGUGUUUGAAAAUAUACCAUAUAAAUAAACUUGACUUACCUUAUACGGGGUAACAUUUUAGUGCUAACGAUACAA